AUUUAACGUACAACAGUAUUACUUUAUGGGAAACUGAGACAAGAUAACUUUUUAGCAAAUCUGAGCAUGACUGGCAAGAGAUCCAAAUGUCAUAAUCAUAGAUUAAACGCCUUCUUCUUCCGCUUUCCGGCUAAUUCAGAUCGGACCCUUCUCGUUUUUUUAUUUUUGUAUUUUUUCCUGCAUUCAUUCAUUUCCAUGUCACCUAAGAAGGCUCUCUGACACUCAACUAGUUAUAUAUAUAUAUGUAUAUAUUGCCACCGGUUUUGAAUUCGCUGCUCAAAAAAAUUGAGACUCGGAAUUGGUGCUCUGCAGUUUGGCCAUCUACAAGAACUGGUACUGAGGUCUGUGUUGGAUUUGCAUAAUGGAUGUUGAAUCUACUAAUAAGUCAUCUCAAGAUGCUGCAAUAGCUGAAUCUACUUAUAAGUCAUCUCAAGAUGCUGCAAUAGCUGAAUCUACUAAUAAGUCAUCUCAAGAUGCUGCAAUAGCUGAAUCUCCUAAUAAGUCAUCUCAAGAUGCUGCAAUAGCUGAAUCUACUAAUAAGUCAUCUCAAAAUCCUGCUAAAGCUGUUGAUGUUCAACAUUCUGAUUCUGCUGUCCCUGGGAAAGAUAGUAAUAAUGCAAAUAAUGCUUCAUCUAUGCUGUCUGCUUCUGGCAUAUCAACUUGGGCCAUGAAAUUCUCCCAGUCCUUAGGAGCAGGACAAGAGAGCUCACAGACUGGAAAUGCUGGUGUAUCAGCCUUUGCACGUUUUACUAGUAGAUUCGGCUCACAAACGCCUUAUUCAUCAGGUCAUUCUCCGGAUGAGGGUGUUAAAGACGCCAAAACAGAAUCUCAAUCUGGUGUUCUUGAAUCACUCACAAAAGGGUUAGUUGACACAUCUCAGAGUGUUGUGAAGGCUAUGCAGGUCAAGGCACGUCAUAUGGUCUCUCAAAACAAACGAAGAUACCAGGAGGGAGGUUUUGAUUUGGAUAUGACUUAUAUUACUGAGAACAUAAUUGCUAUGGGUUUCCCAGCUGGUAGUAUAACAUCUGGGAUUUUUGGAUAUCUUGAGGGUUUCUAUCGAAAUCAUAUGGAAGAAGUGAUCAAAUUUUUCGAAACUCAUCACAAGGGAAAAUACAAAGUCUACAAUCUUUGUUCAGAGAGAUUAUAUGAUGCGUCACUAUUUCAGGGAAAGGUUGCAAGUUUCCCAUUUGAAGAUCAUAACUGCCCCCCAAUUGAUCUCAUAAGGUCUUUCUGCCAAAGUUCAUAUUCAUGGUUAAAGGAGGACAUUCAAAAUGUUGUGGUUGUUCAUUGUAAAGCUGGUAUGGCAAGGACAGGAUUAAUGAUUUGUAGCCUUCUUUUAUUCCUUAAGCUCUUCCCAACAGCGGAGGAGGCUAUGGAGUACUAUAACCAGAAAAGAUGUGUAGAUGGGAAGGCUCUGGUUCUUCCAAGUCAGAUUAGGUAUGUCAAGUACUUCGAGCGUACCUUAACAUACUUUAAUGGAGAAACUCAGCCUUGUCGUAGAUGCAUGCUUAGGGGAUUUCGGCUUCACAGGUGCCCUUACUGGAUGAGGCCCUCUAUUACUAUCUCUGAUCAUAAUGGAAUUCUAUUCUCAACGAAAAAACAUCCCAAAACAAAGGAUCUAAUGCCACAAGAUUUUUGGAUCAAAGCACCAAAGAAAGGGAUUGUAGUUUUUGCUCUACCUGGGGAACCUGGUCUGACAGAGUUGGCAGGGGACUUCAAAAUUCAUUUUCAGGAGAGCCAAGGAGAUUUUUACUGUUGGUUAAAUACAACAAUGACAGAAAAUAGAAAAAUUUUAGACGCCUCUGAACUUGACGGUUUUGAGAAGAGAAAAUUCCCUUCUCCAGGAUUUAAGCUCGAAAUUGUGAUGAUAGAUUAUAAUGGUACUUUACCCACAGGGUCCAAAUCUGAUUCUUCCAAGAAGAAAUCUGAUGGCAGCUCUAGUAAUGUUCCUGACUCCAGUGAUGGGAUUAAAGCUAAUCCCAGCAAGGGUAAAGCCCCACAUAGUGAAGACAAUGAUGAUGUAUUUUCAGAUAGUGAGGGAGAGCAAACUGAAGCUAGCAAGAAACAACCAACUAGAGUUUCCUCUGGAGCUGAACCUGCUGGACUUGAACAUGCAUCUAACACCAUAGCAGAAGAAAUUGGAAACUUAGCCCAUGGAACUGAUCAAUUGACAAUCAGCAGUAAGAAAAACCUGCAGAAUAAUGCUCUACAACAACCAAAUGUUGAUGGGGCUAAAGCACCUGGGCUAGGCCAUGAAAAACCUAACCUGGACUCUGGAGGGGUGAACGAUAUUAAGGCCAUAGCUGCAGAUGCUUCCGUAUUCACUUUUGGGGAUGAAGAAGAUUUCGAUAGUGAAUAAGGCAAUGUUGAUUUCGUUUGGUCAAAAUUGGAUUACGAGCGCUAGUACACGAAACUUCAUAGAAAAAUGAUAAGAUUGUGACAUUUCAUUGUUUGAUUCAGUACCAUUGCUUGUCACCAGUCCAGAAUAGGGAUUGGUGUGAUCAUCACCUGGAACAGGGAGUGGAGGCAGGUUGAACAUAAGCUGAAACCACUUGAAGGCAUGACUACUUAAAAUUGAAAACUAGGUGAUAUUUUAUAUAUAUAUAUAUAUAUUUGAUAUAUAUAUAUAUAUAUACAUAUAUAUAUAUAUAUAUAUUAAAUGGCAAUGAAAUUUGGAGAUAUUUUUUCCUCUGUGGAUGGGGAAUUUUUGGUAGAUAAAGUACCUUUUUAAUGUUAGAAGUUCAGUUUAUUAAAUAUUAUACUGGAAAGAAGAAUCUUCUCACUUUGUUAAA